UGUGUGUGUGUGUGUGAAAAAGAAACCCUCCGAUCCACCAGAGCAGCAGCAGAGGCGUUCGGUCCCGAUCCUGUUGAAGCUUGAUACGGACCACUGCUGUCAUUGGGAGAAGUGCUCUUUUUGAGCGGCCCCUCCUCCUCCUCCCUGGCCGGGCCCCCCGGGCUCUAGAGCCGCCUCGCACACUUUUCAGUCCGGUCCGGGAGAGGAAUGUGCGGGGAUGCCGAGCACCGCUGGCUGUAGGACACCUAGGAAACCUUGACGACAACACCGUUAUGGACAGCCAUGAUCCGUACGUGCAUUUAAUACCACUCCCCCUUUCCGCCUCCUCCUCCUCCUGACCAUUCCUAAAAAGUAGCAAGGAUCCGGAGUUUCCGCCUCAUCUUUAGUUUGUCAGCUCAGCAUCAGUCAAGUCGGACGCCGCGCACGGCGACUGGCGUCCUGCCAGCUCGCAACCGAAGGCAUGUGGCAACCUGCGGCAUCACCUGCAGCUGGAUGUGGCGCCGGGCGGGAGCUGGGUUACGGCCACUAUUCUACCGGGCCAAUGAGCACGGCCCAUUCUCACCCCCACGCCCCGCCAAUGGGCGGCAUGGUGGGCCACCCGUCGGUUAUCAGCACCGCCAGGCACUUGCAGUCGCCCAUGUCGUCCAUGGGCUCGCACAUGAACGGCUUGGCCUCACCUUACUCCGUCAUCACCUCGUCUCUGGGCUCCCCUGCCGUAUCGUUGCCGUCCACGCCCAACUUGAACUUCGGACCGCUCGGAAGUCCGCAGAUGAACUCUAUGAACAGCGUGAGCAGCUCGGAGGACAUCAAGCCUCCGCCGGGCCUGCAGAACCUGGGGAGCAUCAACUACCAGUGCCCGAGCCCUGGGGGAAUGUCAAAGCACAUCUGCGCCAUCUGCGGAGACCGUUCCUCAGGGAAACACUACGGCGUGUACAGCUGCGAGGGAUGCAAAGGUUUCUUCAAGAGGACCGUGCGCAAAGAUCUCACGUACACUUGUCGAGACAGUAAAGAGUGCCUGAUCGACAAGCGCCAGCGCAACCGCUGUCAGUAUUGUCGAUACCAGAAGUGCCUGGCCAUGGGCAUGAAGAGAGAAGCGGUACAGGAAGAGAGGCAGCGUGGGAAAGAGCGUGGGGAGAAUGAGGUGGAGUCAACUAGUAGUUUUAAUGAGGAGAUGCCUGUGGACAAGAUCCUAGACGCUGAGCUGGCGGUGGAGCCCAAGACGGAGACGUACUCGGACGGCAGCCCCGGCAACUCGACCAACGACCCCGUCACCAACAUCUGCCAAGCGGCGGACAAGCAGCUCUUCACGUUAGUGGAGUGGGCCAAGAGGAUUCCCCACUUCUCAGAACUCCCCUUAGAUGACCAGGUCAUCCUAUUACGAGCAGGCUGGAACGAGCUGCUCAUCGCGUCCUUCUCUCAUCGGUCGGUGACGGUGAAAGAUGGAAUCUUACUGGCCACGGGCCUCCACGUCCAUAGAAGCAGUGCCCACAGCGCUGGGGUGGGCUCCAUCUUUGACAGAGUCCUGACAGAGCUGGUGUCCAAAAUGAAGGAUAUGCAGAUGGAUAAAACGGAGCUGGGCUGCUUGCGAGCCAUUGUUCUGUUCAACCCAGAUGCAAAGGGUUUGUCCAACCCAACGGAGGUGGAGGCAUUGAGGGAAAAAGUGUACGCCUCACUGGAGUCUUACACUAAACACAAAUACCCGGACCAGCCUGGAAGGUUUGCCAAGCUACUGCUGCGUCUGCCCGCGUUGCGCUCCAUCGGCCUCAAGUGCUUGGAGCACCUUUUCUUCUUCAAGCUCAUCGGAGACACGCCCAUCGACACCUUCCUCAUGGAGAUGCUGGAAGCGCCGCAUCAGAUCACAUGACCCCAGUCAAACAUCCCCUCUUGUAAAUAGCCCUUAUCAGCAAUAUGAAGAUGGAGUGAGGGAGGGAAGGACGCUGCAAUUGAAAAAGUUGAAUAUUUUAUAACAAUUAAAAAGCAACGGCGUAAUUAAAUCCAAAACGGGAUUUCAAGGCUGCGGUGAGGACUGAGUACAAGCGUCAUGUUUUUUUGUAAAUAGAUUAUUGCAGGUGUCCGUUUCAAAAGAAUUCCAGUGCAUUUGAAAAGGAAUCAGAUUUUAUUCAUAGAGUAAAUGUAUAAAGUAAAAUUUUAAGUAAAAAAAGAGGAAAACUGAAUUUCUUAAAACAUAUGAGUAUUCUUACAGAAUAAAGUUAUUAAGAAAUACAUACAACA